CAAGAUUAGCUCGUUUGGUGCGGUGACGUUGAAGUCUACAUUUGAAGGGUGCAAACACUUGGAGAGUGGACCGCGAGAUCCUGCCAGUCGUUGAAACAAGAUGCAAGAAAUAAGAGCGGAAAUAUUUUCAAAGUCAGUGAGGAAUUUGUGGAAUAACUGGGACAUUCGAGUCUUCCUACUAUGUAGUUUGUUGGUGCAAAUCCUUCUCAUCUUCUUCGCAUCCUUGCGUAAACGGAUGGCAUAUAAGCUGCUUAUCCUCUUCACAUGGUCCCUCUACUUGCUUGCCGAUUGGGUCGCCGCCUUUGCGCUGGGCCUCCUUGCCAACAGCCAGGGGGAUGAAUCAGAUUGCCCCGGCGGCAACGCCAAGCCUGACGUCAAGAUCAUGGCUUCUUCUGCAGGGUCAAAGCACAACAUUGUGAAAUCCACUGAUAACAACAUUCUAGCCUUCUGGGCACCAUUCCUUCUUUUGCACCUCGGUGGGCCAGACACGAUCACCGCCUUUGCGAUGGAAGACAACGAGCUGUGGCUCAGGCAUUUACUCGGGGUGACAUUCGAGGUUGGCGCAGCUGGUUAUGUCUUCUUGCUUUCGCUGCCAAAGAACAGGCUCUUAGUCCCGACUCUAUUGAUGUUUGUUGCCGGGAUUAUCAAGUAUGCUGAGCGGACGUACUCACUCUACCUCGCGAGCAUGGACGGCUUUCGGGAAUCCAUGCUUGAAAAGCCAGACCCUGGCCCAAACUAUGCCAAGCUCAUGGAGGAGUACCAGUCGAAGAAAGAGUCUGGGGUUCCAGCACAGAUCGAGAUCAGCCCAGAGCCAGAAGCCCAUGAAGUCGAGUUGCAGCGAGAGGAAUUGGAUGAAGUGAGCAUGGUGCGCAAGGCACACCACUUCUUCAAUACCUUUAAGGGCCUCAUCGUUGAGCUCAUGUUCAACUUCCGUGAUCGAGCGGAGAGCCGCAAUGCCUUCCUGCAGUGGUCCCCCUUCGGCGCGUUCCGAGUCGUAGAGUACGAGCUUGAAUUCAUCUAUGAGGUGCUCUUCACUAAGGCUGCUCUGGUGCAUAAUUCUUUUGGGUACGUCCUGCGAGCGAUCUGUUCUGGCUCAAUCAUGGCCGCGUUCUUGUUCUUCUUCUUCACCAACAAGCACGGGUUCCUCUCAGUCGACAUCAUCAUCUCCUACACAUUGCUGGGUGGGGCCAUAGCUUUGGAUUUUGUGGCUUUUAUCAUGGUCAUGCUCUCUGACUGGUCUGUGAUCAAGGUUACUAUUCCCUUCCUUGGCAACAUCAUCUCUGAGAUCAUUACUAAGGUCCCACCUCGCGAUCGAUGGUCCGUGUCUAUCACGCAGUACAAUCUGAUAAACUUUUGCAUCCCUGAUCAUGAAAAAUACUUGGGACGGAUCGCCGAUAGGCCCACAUUCGCUGGCAAGUUCUGCGAGGCAUUUUACAUCCAGAAGUUCUUGGAUAAACUAAAAUGCAAGAUGAUGAGCGGCCUCUUAGAGGAGUUGCAAUAUACGUACCAUGUACCCGUCUCCAAAGAGUUAAAGAAUUUUAUCUUUGAUGAGCUGAAGAAGAAGACUGAGAUCAUGAAAGAGCCUAAGGCGGCCCGAAGCUUGUGUUCAUGCCGAGGUAGUUGGGCUCUUGAGCAGAAGGGCUACUUCAGCCAGUUCGGCAAUAACGUUGAGGUCGAGUUUGAUGAGAGCCUGUUGAGGUGGCAUAUUGCCACCACCCUUUGCUAUUACACCGUCAAUGACAUUAGCAAGAAUUCCCUCAUAGACAAGGACAGUAAAGUAGAGGAAUCGAAUGAGUCAGUCCCCACCUUGGCGGCCGUUCAUCGCCAACUUAGUAUGUUCAUAUCCGAUUACAUGAUGUAUCUUCUUAUCAUGCAGCCUUCCAUGAUGUCUUCGUCCGCUGUGAUUGGGAAAAUCAGGUUCCGGGACACUUGCGCCGAGGCCAAGAACUUCUUCCUUCGGAGGCCAUUCAAAAGGUGGAACCCGAAUCUUGCAACUGCCUUGUGUGGUUCUUCGCAAAAUGUUGAAAAAGAAAGGGAAAAAGAACGCUGGAGGGCAUGCGCCGAUCUGCUAUCGGUGAAUACCGAAGCAAAGCCGAUCGAUGUCAAGGGAGACCGGAGCAAAUCAGUGUUAUUUGAUGCAUGCAUUCUUGCGAAGAAGCUGAAGGAUGAAGUACCAAUCGGGCAGAGAUGGACCUUGAUCGGAGAAGUGUGGGUCGAGAUGCUCUCUUAUGCUGCAGGUAGAUGCAGUGGGAUAGCACAUGCCCAACGGCUUAGCAAAGGUGGAGAGCUUCUCACAUUUGUUUGGUUUCUAAUGGCUCACCUUGGCUUAGGAGAACAAUACCGCAUCGAAGCGGGCCAUGCUAGGGCAAAACUAAUAGUAGGAAAGUGAUCGUGAUCGUUGCUUAUAUUUUCUACACCAUAUCUGCAUGUAGGCAUUAGCGAUGCAGUAGCUUUUGUUUCGUACUGUUGUUUGAAGAAAAAUAAAAAGAGAACUUCCUAUAUAGCAGCCUGCCUUCAGGGCUAUGAUCCC